AUGACGCUUCGCGGGCGCCUAUCGACGGCGGCGGCGGCGGCGGCGAUCCCGUCCGUCGUCCCCGAACGCGAUCAGUGCCGUUCCGACUCCGCGGGAUGCGACCGUCCGCCGACACCGUCAACGCAGCUACAGCCACCGUCGCCAUCGCGUCGAGCCUUUGUUGUCGUUCCGUCGCGCCGAGAGCAGCCCUGCGCCGUCGUCGUCGCCAUCACCGCCGAGUUUGACGCGCGGCCACCGUCGCAGUCUGCUCGCUGCGACCGCAUCGCCGAUUCCGCCGGCCGACCGCGGCGGACAUUCCGACGAACCGCGAACACAGAGGCCAUCAUUUACUGUUGGUUGAGCUCGUCGUCUCCCACCGGGAGACAUAACUACGCGCCACCCGCGUUGGGCGGCAAGAGAGGUACGUGCGCCCGCCGACGGUCUACGUUUUGUUGCGCCGUCUACCGCGAGUAUUAAGAUAUUAUCGCGCGUCGCCGUUAUCGUUAUCGCGCGAUUGCCGAGCACGUAGUACGUCAGCGGCGGCGGCGCCGGGAUCAUCGAUUUUCUAGGGCCGAGCGCAGCAGGUGGCAACACAGAACGGCAACACCGACGUAGGGCGCAGUACGCAGCAACCCGCGAAACGAUACCCGGGGGGGAGGGGGGUACAGUCAAUGCUAAUUUAUGAGUGGGGUUUAGAACGCCCGAAAUCGAAAAAUACAAACGCACGCGAUAAUUGCACUAUAACGCUGUUGUGAUAAUAAUGCUCGGGGCGUGCCGGGGCUUUUCCGGCCCUGCGCCCCGAACCGCUCUCGGCGCCGCGCGCUGUCCGCACUUUUUUAAGAUGACCGGAUUCCGACAUUUUCUUUCUUCGCCUUUAAAACACGUACGCAAUACCGCAAAGCGGACCGCUCGGGCCUUAAUUUCGGGGAAAUCCGUCUGAACCGAUAAAACUUGGUAUGCUUGAGUUUAACGCAGUCCGAGAAACAAAACAUACUGCGUAGUUCGGAAGAGGAGGAGUCUCUAUUUUCCCUCCCCGCCCCCUGGAUCCGCCAUUGAUUUAGCACAAUUUCCCCUCGAUUGACGUAGUAAAAUGAAUUCCGAAAACUGAUUUGACUUCCUACACGUGAAGUCGAUCAAAUAGUAUUUUUCAGUUUAAAUAUGGUUUUGUUAGGUUCGGAGCGAAGCGAGGAAUGUAGUUUCGUCUGUAUAUACACAGGGUGUCUAACAGUGUUAUCCAUAUGCUCAUAUUUAUAUUAUUUUUUUUUUUCAAUCAAGUUUUGUAUCAAGGAGACAGAAGUGUAGAGAAAAGUUAAAUUUUUAUUUUCUCAUCUUAAUCACUAAAAGUUUUUUACGUAAUUUGUAUUCGGUAUACCUAGGUACACUGUGGAUAAAAAAUAUUAAACGGAAAUGCUUGACAAUUUAACAGGAAGACACGUUAUAAGUCGCACUUUGGAGUACAAAAAAAAAAUUGAGUAUUAUGUAGUAUUUCUUUUUUUUUUCUUCUAAAUUUUAAUACCUAUCAAAUGUUGACGAAAAUACCACGGCAUUUCAAAAAACAUGUGUAACCGAACUCCGCUGAGAAUCGUUUUUCGUUAACAAUGAUUAAUUGUUGCAUACAGAUAUACAUGAGAUUCUCUUCUGUAUUCUAACCCAUACAUUUUUCCCAACUUCUAACAUACAACAAUGCUCCACCCAUCGUGCGAAGUACAUCCGUCUUUAUUGUCUUGUAUUACGACUAUAAUUCGCUAUCGCGUAACACAGUAAUCUUGUUUUCACAUCUCUCUCUCUCACUCUCUCUAUCUCUCUAGAUAUUAAAACGGCUAUUGCUAAGAAACUAUCGAUCGGAUAUGAAUGCAUGACACAUUAACAUUGAUAUAUUUGCAAAUAGGUUAUUUUGAAGAUUUUAAAAAGUGAAAAAAUUAAGUUUUUUUUUUUUUUUUCAAUAAUUAAGGGGUGAAAACAAUGUAUCUCUACAUUUGUGUCCUCUCAACGCAAAACCCAAUUGAAAAAAAAUGAAUGUUGACAGAGAUAUUAGCAUAUGGAUAACACCCUCUAGAACACUCUUUAUAUAAAUUCGGAAAUCAUAUUUUUGGACGUUCGAAAAAGCUACCCGGCCGAUCCCGUGUGUACUUUCGCGCCGAAUUCGAGCCUGUUUUCAAGUGUGCGGCUGAUUGUACGGAAUACUCGUCUAAAUUAUUGCUCUCGCGCCCGCGUUUGUCCGACAAAUAAAGAAAGAAAAUGUCGAUAUCCUAUAAUAUCUGCGUGACGCGAUGCCCGUCGUUGUAUGCAAUUUUGUCCGCAGGUACCUUCCCGAGCGUCGCCAUGCAGGAAGUGGAAAGGGCCAGGAACAGGAACAUGGCGAAAAAGCAAAACAGUGAGUAUAUAUUUUUUUUGUUUUUUUGUUUAUUUUGUAUUAUAAUAUUGAAACACCGUUGUUUUCGUAAGAGAGAGGUCUCCCCGAACCACAACAACAACAUUAUUAUUCGCCGUCGCGAUCGCCGCCACAUCUCACUGACGGCUCUCGCCGCUCCCUCGCCCGCACACCAUACACUCGCAACGACGGACGACGGCGUCCCAGUCGCAGUCGCUCUCCGUUAUUAUUCCGCUUUCGUCCCGAUUUCACGCCGCCGUCGUCGUCCGAAUCGGCUACAAUAAUAUUUAUAGCGAGCAUUAUAACGCCGUGUGUAGCGCCCCGUGACAUCUGCCGGCGGCAGGGGGUGGGAAGAGGGAGGGUCCGGGUUCGGAUUUGAUUUUCGACAAUUCUUUCACGUUUUUUUUUCUAAUCCGUACUUGGGUAUUACGUUUUCAAUCCGUUUAGCGCACGGUUGUCCGCGGUCGCGAAACGCCCGUCGUUUACGUUUACUAUUAAAAUACCAUUGAACCUUCCCCGGGAAAAAUUGCACAACGGAUGAUAUCUGUGCGUUAAAUUAUACGAACUACAUCGCACUAUAACAACACCGGGUACCCAGUAUGGGCACCUUCCGGAUGUUCGGCAGCUCGUCCACGGCCGGCAUUUAUCGAAGUAUUUUUACACACCCUAUACGUGCAGUGUACCGUAAUAUAAUAUAUUAGCGCACAGUGAACGCAGGAUUAUGCAACUGUAUGCGGUGACUGGACCAAGCGCGGGAGGAAAGGCGACUGCAUUAGCGUUGCAGUGUGAUAAAAAGGCGCGGCGAUCAUUAUACAACGAUACACGUGCGGGCCCGUGCGUCGGGCGUUGAAUAAAAUUUAGAUGAAAUAACAAUAAAUGUUAGCGGGCACAGCGAAAAUGACAGAGCGAUAACGUUAACCCGGGUUCGGUGGUUGUAUGGAGAUAGUGAAAUAAAUGUUGAGAUGGAAUAAACCGGGGAAAAGAUGGACGUGAGAAAAAGUGGCUAGAGAUUAUAAAGGUACUGCGCGAGGGUGCGCGGAGUGGACGAGGGAAACGUGGUGAUGGAUGCGGAAAGAUGCGUAGAGGAUGAGAAUACGAGCACCUGGUGCCACUUGCGUGGUACAAAGACGGAGAGAUUUAUAUAUUUUGUAUUAUAUUAGUACCCGCACAAAUACCGUAGGUCAUACUUAAGUGGGUGAAUCGAAAUCGUUGAAACGAUGUAAUAUUUGCUAUGACAUGCUAUAUGGUGACAUGCGCCAACUGUCAUUACGUCGUAAUAUAUUUUAGACACUCCGCGGGUGUUUCGCGUAACAAUGACAUUUCUUCUCCGUUUUUUAUAAUAAAAUAUAAUCGCGGGGUGAUUCUUUUAUCGCGCGAUUUUCUGUACGCGGAGAUGUCGAGGCGUAAAUUAUUUCGAUUUUUUUCGCAAACAUUAUAUAUAAACGUUUAUUAAUAAUCAAAAUGUUUUUUUUUUUUUUUCAAUUUGACUCGUAUUCCGUUACAAAUUUUGGUUUUCGAAUGGCAUCCUAUAUUUGUAUAGACUCGUAUACGAGCUGAACAAUUAAAUUCAACCUUAACAACACGGGCAUAUUUAUACAAGUAUAUUGUAUAUUCACACAACAUUGCAGUUUUGAAUAUUUAUUAUCGUUUUAAUAUCCGAGAAACGAUAAAUUGUUUUUGAAAAUUAGUACCUAAAACUAAUGUUUAUCUAACCACGAAUGUAUAAUUGAUGGCGGUAAAUUAAGUUUAUUGAAUCAGUAUGCAAUCAGAUGCUUUCGUAUAUUUAUGUUCAAAUUACGUUUUGAUUGCUUUGACGGAAAAUAAUUUGAAAAAAUUUGAUUAAUGGGAAAGGUGAGGUGAGGUGUUUUUUGUUUUAUUUUUUUUUUCACAGAUAUUUAAAAGGGUCAAGACACGUAUUAUGUUUUCAAUUCGAUGGCGCGUAUAAAAGAUUACGACGUCAAAGUUUUCAAAUGUGAGAUCAUUUGGUCAAGGUUGCAUGAAAAAUUUGUGGAAUUUGUGUGCGUGCGUGUGUGGGUUAGGUUAGAUUAGGUGUGUUUAUGGAUAUGUUUUCAGUGUGCGAAGAAUGUAGGUAUAAGUAGGCAUUAGUAUAAGUUUAGAAAUUUAAAUAUUAUAGUAUUAUUUACGCAGUUUUUACUCUCUCUCUAUAUAUAUACAUACCUAAUGUCCUGUCCGGCGUUUUCCGUAUCAAUUUAAUUUCCCUCUUUAUUUUAAACCGUUUGUAAGCAGAUUAAAAAAAAAAAAAAAAUCCUUUCAAUCGAAGAAAUUCAAUUCAACGUGUAUCUCCGGUACAACCCUUCGCUGUUAAACGCUGUUGUACUUCGUUGUUCGUGAAAACUAAAAUAAACUAAUAGCAACAUUUUUAUUCAUCCGUGUCACCAUAGUAAUCCAUAAAAUAACAAAAGGAAAAUCAAUUUUUAUGCCCAAAAAUAUUUAAAAACCUGUGACAGCCACCUUUUAGGGGGUUAAAUUUUGGAAAUCCUGCUUCGAGGUGCACACAAACCCAUCCCCUCGUCCUCGUCCGCUACUGUAUGGACAUUUUUAGACAUAUGCUUGCGAUACAUUUUGCUGUGGAUCGCGUACAGACAGACAAACAAACGCUUCUUUUUAUUAUUGUAGUAGAUAAAUAUUGAAUUGGCGAUUUUUAAAAAUGUGUUAUAGGCAUACGCUGCACGACAUUGAUGUAUAUAUAAUGUUAAUUUUGCAAAUUAAUAAACUAAAAUAGGAAAUUAUUUAAAAUUAUCUUUUUUCAAAAUUGUAAUUGUUUCAACUGUACCCACCUAAGAAAUAGGUGCAAUUGCAUACAUAACGCAAUUAUUAUUAUUAUUUUUUGUUUAACGCGAUUUGUGACUAGAUAUGAGGUUAUAAUUAUUAUGACACUCGUAUGGUACUGAUUAUUCUAAACUUAUAUUCAUACGCAAUUGAUAGAAUAUAAUACGAUAUUAAAUAUUCAAUAAUUAAUAUUGUUUAAUCGUAUCAAUUGUCCACUUCCUGUGAGAAUCCAAAAUUAAACUUUUCGUGUACCAUUUGGGACCAUUGCCAUAACACACACUGUACUCAUAUUUUGCUGUCCUCCAUUGCCUCUUACUGCGUCCAUCACGUCGAACAGUAUUAAAGCUCUAUCACUUUAUUUAGGGCGUCCGAUAUCUGGUUUCUAUCUCGUUAGUACAAAUAAUCCUCCCCAUCUCUACACAUCGUAGAUCCACUCAAUCUGGAGCUUUUUAGAACACUAAUUAUUCCACUUCUUCAUAUUAUAUUUUCGUUAUUAUCACACAAUCUUCAUUGUCAUUUUUCUACGGUUCCAGGAAUUUUUUAAAUAUUUUUCUUGCGAAAAUUCAUCUUUUUUUUUCUUCAAACAUAUUCGUUGCCCAUGCAUCGCAGUUCGCAUACAUAUAAAGCCCUAACUUAUAAUUUAUACGGUGGAAUUUUCGCUUUUAAACUGUUAUAGUAUAUUCAUUCGAAUUUAAUUUUAAAUUGCAAAAAGCGUCGUUCGGAUGAUUAAUUUCUUCAACGCCCAUAACUGUUAUUAAUUAAUACAUCUAUUAUUAUUAUGAAUACUGAAAUCCGAUGCGGGUCGUUAACCUAAACGAUUGGUAUCGAAUAAAUGAUUGGUAUUAUAGAAAGGUUAUUUUCACUGGCAUCAAAUAUUAUAAUAUAUUAGUUCAUUUGUGUUCAAACGAUGACACUAACAAUUAUUGCCAAUUGAAUAAUGCCUUAUUGAUGCGUUAUAAUAUUCGGUCAUGCACAAAAAAAUAGUACUGAAACUAAUAUCUAAAUACAUUAUUACAAUAAUGUAUCAAAAGCAUUCACUUUACUAAAAGGCUUUCACAAAAAUAUACUCUAUCAAUAUCUGUGGCACUUAACGUAUUAUUUUCAAAAUAAAAUGUCGGAAACUUGGUAGAGCGACAUUGGAAUAAUCCAUCUCUAUAAUAUUAUAAAAUAUAAAGCUCGACGUAUAAAAGUGCGGUUAUCCCCCGAUAUUUAAUGAAGACGUGGAGGACACGGGAUAGUAAUUAUUCUAACGAGAAUAUAAAGGGUCGAUCGCCUGAAACCAAAAUACCGACAAGGAAAAUCGACCGACAAUAGUAUAAAAAGUAGUUAUUUAAUGAAAUGCAAUUUACAUAUUUAUUUUAAAAAUCUACGCAUAAAAAAACCAGAUAAGAAAUAUUUUUAACGAUGUACAAUGUAUAAUAAAUUAUAAAUAAUGAAAAAGAAUACUAAAAAUGAUUUAUUUAUUAAUAACCAAACAUUAACCAAUUAGGUUGUGAACAAUACCGUGAAGAUUAGAUGGUAAAAACAUUUAAAUUUGUAAAUAGAUAUGAAACAAAUAUGCGAAACACUACUUGAACUACGGCUUUUCCAUAGGAUUUCACAUCGAAUCGAUUCUAAUAACAUAAUCUAAAUAUACUGUAGUACGAGUAUAAUCGACACUCGAUGACAAAUAAUAUAUUAUUUUUCGGUCGAUUGUCCUGUCGAUCGAUUGACCCCGUUGGACGCAUGGGCACCUAACACACUCCUACUGUUUUAUCAGCAAGGAACCGGAGGAGAGGGGGUCAAUUUCACUAAUACGUAAUCGGCGUAAUUUACGAUUAACGAUAAGAAAAUGCUGUUGUUUUGCACGUAAACAGCGUAUUUUACCUGUAAUGAUCAAUACGCGCCAAACACGCCGAAAACGCAUUAGUAGAAUAGACCACGGUACUUAUACUUGUGGUAUAUGGAGAAAAAACCUAUAAAUCAGUCAUGUUACUAUCGAUCGCCCCAAAUACACAACUACGGGCGUAUUUUAUUUUAAAAUUCCACUUCGCUUCUUUAGAUACAGUGUAGAAGACUCCGUAGCAACCAAUCUAUUCUUUCGAAAGAAUAGGCUAAUAAACUCAGAUGUCAAUGCUUUAUUUAGAAUUAAAAAUAUAUAGGUAUAUUGAAAUACACUAAAAUCAAAAUCCACAGCAUGUAUUAUGCAUUAUAAUAUAUAAGAGGAAGUUUUUGAGGUUUAUCCCUCUUCAUCGCCGCCACUCUCCGAAAUUUGUCCAUAAGUACUAUUUGUUAUUUUCAAAAUAAAUGCUACUUAUGUUUGCAAUAAAAAUAAUAUAUGGUUUAAUUUAAAAUCUCUCCCGAACAUAUGUUUAGUGGCGACCUUGUUACCAACCACAAAAUAUAUAAGAUAUUAAUAUAUAAAACAUUUAUGCUGAGAUAAUAUAAUAAUAAUUUCCGGGACGAUGAACAAGUUCGAUAUUAUUCAUUACUUAUUAUAGGCACGAGUAAGGAUAUAGAGAAUUUUAAUUCAAAUUCAAAUAAUAUGAAUAUACUUACUCUUAAAUUUUACGUAUAUAUUAUUGUAAACUACUUAAACUCAUAUGAGCUAGUUAAACCUUUUAAACCUGUUUAAAGUAAAAUGUAUAGCAAAGUCGGUUUUUUUUUUUUUAUUAUUAAUAGGCAAGGUCGAACGACAGAAAUCAUCUGACAAAUCAUCUGAGAAAACAUCCGAGAAAUCAUCGGAGAAAACAUUGUCCAAAGCACCGAGUAUUGAUACCAAAAAACACGAAAAAUGAUAAAACCAAACAAAUUAUCCACUUAUCUUAAAAGGUAAAAUAUUACGUUUAAUAUCUAAUACUGAUUGUAAACUCUCAAAACAAAUAAAUAUAACUUGACUCAAUUUUCAAAUUGUUGAGAUUCUAAAUGGAGCAAAGAAACUUAUAGUUCUACAAACAUGGUUUCUUUUUUUUAAUCUGUGAGCAACUUUUCAACCAUAAAUCUUGCUCCGAUUUUUAUUUUUAGCACAUUUUCUGAAAGAAAAUCGGUGUGGAGAGGUAUUUUAAGGUGGUAUUUUUUCAAUUUUCUCAAAAUUUUUCUUAUCAUAUGUGAAAAACCGAAAAAAAAAACGGGAAAUUAUACGAAAUAUAUUACUAAAAUAUUACGAUUUUUUUUUUCUGUCUACAACUUUUCUACCAGCAGUUUUGCUCCAAUCAAUAAUGAUAGCAAUUUUUUUAAAAGUAAAUUCGACUGGGUAGGUAAUUUAAAGAGGUCAUUUUUCAAUUUUCUCAGGAGUUUUAUCAUCGAAUUUGAAAAACUGAAAAAAAAAACGGGGGAACGGAAAAAUAUAAGAAAUUUAGAUACUCAUUAAAAUAUAUUAUUCUUCUUUCCUUCUUCUUUGCUAAGAAAGAACUUUUCUACAAGCAAUUUAGCUCCGAUUUAUAAUUAUGGCAAUUUUACGGUAAUUUAGGGAGGUUAUUUUUCGAUUUUUCAAAGAUUUUUCUCAUCAAAUAUGAAAAACCAAGAAACAUGGAAAAACCAGGAAAAACGGAGGAAAACUGAGAAAAUCGAUACAACGUUAAACAAAUAUUAUUAAAAAAAAAAUAUAAAGCCUAUUUUAUUAUUUUACUAUAAGAUGACUUAUAUAUUGUUGACAAAGCAUAAUUAUCAACUUUACUCCGCUCAGAAUCGUUUUUUCGUUAGCAAUGGUUUUUCGUGUUUAUAAAAAAUAUAUAUAUAUUAUUUAUUCGAAAUUUAAAAACACCUCAAAGAUGAUAAAAUCUAAAAGACGAUUAUAAUAUUGCCUUCAUUUUCUGGAAAACAGUUUUUGCAACCAAACAAAUAAAUAAUUAAUGUAUAUGGCAAUAACCAAAGAUAUUCAAACAUUUUUUUUUAAAGCUGAUGCUAUUAAUGGGCGUGUUAUUAAUGUUGUAAGUGGUAAGUUGGGAGUUAGGAUACUAAACCUAUUAAAUAUAUACCUGUAUGAAACGAUAAAUCAAUGAUGACAAAACAUGAUUCUAAGUGACUUUCGGUUAAAUAUGUUUUGAAAUACCUUAAUUUUUACGGUUUUGGUAAAAAUUUGAGUUUAAAGCACUUAUAAAAAAAAUUGCGAACUAUGGUAAACUUUUUUUUUGCGAAUUAUUAUAAAUUAUAAUGAACCUUGGAUUAAAUUGGAAAUCUUUUCUGUUUGGCCAAAUAUCACAAUAAAAAAAAAAAAAAAACCGCUUUUUAUAGGUUUUCUCCCGAUUUUUCCUGGUUGUUGAAAAAGUAAAGAACUAUUACUAACUAACUAGAAAAAAAAAUUUUCCGAAAAAGAUGCAUUACUUAAAACUCAGAGCAAAAUUUCUGGAAAAAAAAAUAAAAUCAAAUAUAAUGAAACUUUUACUGCCAUAAAUUUGUCUUUUGUUCGGGUUUUUCACAAAUGAUUAUGAAAACUAUUAGGAAAAUCAAAUAAAGAACUCCAUAAAUCACCAACUAGUUCCAAAUAUCUACAAAAAAGUUUAUUUUUUAGUCUUUGACGGUCAUAAUUUUUAGACAAAUAAAUCCGACACAUCGUGGUAAAGUCAAUAUACUUCUCGCAGCGCUCAGAACCUAAAAAUCAUCGGUUAAACCGUGUAUAGAAAAUCCUUUUAAAGUUGUUAUAUUUACAAUUGUUAUUAAAUGUAUUAAUGUAUAGUUUUACUUUAAAGACAAACGAUUAUUUUUAAACCACGGUGAAGUAUUUUUAUACAGUGGCAUGUCCGGUUAUUGGACUGAGUGUAGGUCAAGGAUCACUCACUUAAUUUUACAAUUUAUUUAUUUUUUUACAAAGGGUAAAGGAAGAUACAUUAAUAUUUAAAUGCCACCGAACUUAACCCAAUGACGUAAGCUCGUUGAAAAUUCAAACACCCAACUGCAGUAGGUUUAAAGCUUUUCAUAUAACUAUAUUUUUCGUAUUGACUAAAUUGGUUUAAAGGAAACAAAAAAAAAAAAAAACAAACGGACAUACUUCACCCGAUGGGUGAGCCACUGUUGUAGUUGAAAAGUUGGGAAGGUAGAGUGGAAAUUUAAUGUAUAUCUUUACGUAACCAUUAAUCAUUUGCUAAUGAAAAACGAUUAGGAGCGGAUUUUGGAUCGGUCAUACAUGUUUUGAAAGGCCGUAAUAUUUACGAUUUGAAAAUAAUACAUUUCGUAAAUUUUCCCCGGUUUUCCCCAUUUAUUUUGAAAAUUACCGGGUAAAUCAAUAAAUAACCUUCUUAAAGUACCACCCCAAUAAUAUUUCCUUUCAGAAAAAGUGCUACGUUUAAAAAUCAAAGAAACAUUUCUGGUAGACAAGUUGUUGAAUGUGAAUAAAAUGUGAAUUUUAACCGUGUCCUCACCAUUACCUUACCGUCUACUUUUCUAUAUUUAUAAACAAAUCAUGUUUUUUUUUUCAGAUAUUAUUUUUUUAGCACCGUCACAUGAACGAUACAAAUAUCACAUACCACACACACACAUACACACACACACACACACACACACACACAAUUAUAAAUCUUAAUCAAAAUACACUUAUUUAAGCAUACACUUUCACGAUAUAAUGUUAUUUUUUAAUUCACUUUAUUAUAUUUUUAAAAAUUAUUAUAUUGUAUAUUUAUACGUUAUUAAGUACAUCGAUUUUGUUUUAAAUUUUAGUAAUAUUUGUGUGACCAAUGACUAAAUAUUAUAAUAUCUACCUAUAUUUUAUAACGAUCAGUAGAAUACAAACCAAUUAGAUACCUAGUGAUGUUAAAUCAUUAUAAUAAUAUUAUUAUUGUUGUAUAAUAUGUCGUAUUGUAAUUUAUUUGAAAACUCGAAGCUCAAACAUCGUCGACUGGUUUUAAUAACACGUGUAAGCAGCACAUAUUGACGCAUGUUAUAUUAUAAUAUAAUAUUUAUAAAAUAAUAUAUCUCAACUAAAGAAUUAUGUGCUACGAACGAAGAUAAAAACAAAAAUUGAAUAAACAAUGUAAUAAUCAACAAUGUAUUAUACCUAGGGUCCAAACUGUUU